AUGGAAGAAAAUGCCAACACCAGCUUCGAAGAAGAUUUUGAAGGACAGGCAACACACACAGGGCCCAAAGGCGUGAUUAAUGACUGGAGAAAGUUUAAAUUAGAAAGUGAAGAUCGAGACUCCUUAUCCUUAAGCAAGAAAGAAAUUCUUAGACAAAUGUCUUCACCACACAGAUCAUUCAGUAAAGAUGACAAAGACACCAGAGAGAGAUUCUGCCGUAAGAUGAGCAUGCAGGAGUAUGAAUUAAUUCAUGAUGAGCAAGAAGAUGAAAGUUGCCUACAAAAAUACCGCAAACGCUGCAUGCAGGAUAUGCACCAGCGGCUGAGUUUUGGGCCAAAAUACGGUUAUCUGUGUGAGCUGCAGAAUGGGGAACAGUUCCUAGAAGCCAUCGAGAAAGAACGUAAAACCACUACAGUCAUUGUCCACAUUUACGAAGAUGGCAUCAAGGGCUGUGAGGCUCUCAACAACAGCUUGAUCUGCCUGGCAGCCGAGUAUGCUACCGUUAAGUUCUGCAAGAUCAAGGCCUCCAACACAGGGGCCGGAGACCGCUUCUCAAAUGAAGUGCUUCCCACUCUACUUGUCUAUAAGGGUGGGGAACUUCUGAGCAAUUUCAUUAGCAUUUCUGAACAAUUCAAUGAGGAGUUUUUUGCUGUGGAUGUGGAGUCUUUCCUAAAUGAGUAUGGGCUGCUACCUGAAAGGGAGCUUCCAGCACUGGGAAAUGGCAACACAGAUGAGCAAGAAGUUGAGUAAUUAGAGAACCAUAGUCCUGUCUACCUCUCCUUUUCAGUAUGUUGUAUAUC